GCGCUCCACCCACCACUUCGGAUGUUACCGACGUUCGACUGAUGAUGACUACACAAGGGUACAGUCUCUCCGCACAAGUCGUGCGGGGAACAGCGAAAGCGGAGCUCUCCCCCAGCGCCAUGAUCGCUCGUCGGGUAUACUCGACCUCCACGGCGCCCGAAAUUAGGCUGAAUUAAGCUCUUGCCGGGCAUGCUCGUUUGAGCUAUAGAUAGCUCUCGCUUAUCUCUGAAGCACCCUCACCCCACGACAUGACAACAACAACAACACCCGCAAAUUACAAUGGCCUCUCCCAAGAUCAAGGUCGGCGUCGUCGGCUACGGCAACUCUGCCAAGACAUUCCAUCUGCCCUUCAUCACCGCGAUCCCCGACUACGAGGUCGUUGCCAUCCUGCAGCGCGCGGAAGCUCCGGCGCCAGGGUCACCCGCGGCCUCUACGCCCGGCGCGCAUUGUACCGUCGACUUUCCGAAUAUCCGGCACUAUCGCGAGCCCGAGGCGUUCUUCGCGGACGAGGAGAUUGAAUUCGUCGUGGUCGUCACGCACACCAAUACGCACCCAGUCUUUGCGGAGCAGGCGCUGCGGGCGGGCAAGCAUGUCCUCGUCGACAAGCCGUUUGCGGCCACGUCUGAGCAGAUUGACAAGGUCAUUGCGCUCGCCAAGGACAAGGGGCUCAUUGCCACGUGCUAUCAGAACCGCAGAUGGGACGGUGGCUUCCAAACACUGCGCAGCCUCAUGAGCAAGGACGCUCUUGGAGAGGUCAAAGAGGCUGAGAUCUACUACGACUUUGAGAAUCCGGGGUGGCUAGGCGCGCUCGACAAGGCUGGAGACAGCACCUCGGCAGGCAUGGCCUUUGGACUAGGCACCCACAGCGUCGACCAGGCUCUCACGCUCUUCGGCACACCCGAGACCAUCACUGGGUUCUUCCGCAACCAGCGCGGAAGCAACAGCAAGGUCGAGGAUGCGUUCACCAUUAUCCUGCAGUAUCGUCCCAAGAGCGAGCUGCUGGUUACGGUCAAGACGUCUAUCGUGUCGCCGCUGUCAAAGCAGAUCAAGUUCAUUGUCAAGGGAACCCAGGGUUCAUACGUCAAGUACCAACAGCGGAGCACGUGCCCACAAGAGGAAGAUGCCUCCAAGCGUAUCAGCCCGCUCGACCUCAGCUUUGCCAAGGAGCCCGCCUCGCUCGACGGCACGCUCACCACUGCAAAAGUGUUUGACAGCUCGUGCCAGAAGUACGACGAGCAGAUCGCAAAGUAUGUGGGCCAAUAUCCAACCAUCACGGGUAGGUGGAUGGGCCUGUAUGAGAAUGUUGCGGCUGCCAUCCGCGGCCAGGGCGAGCUCGAGGUGAAGUUGCAGCAGUCGCGGGACGCGAUCCGGGUUCUAGAGCUGGCGCGAGAGUCGAGCGACAAGGGCGUGUCUGUGGCCUGGCAUUAAAUGGAUCAGUGCUGCAUCUCUAUGCGGGACCACCAGAACAAAACAAUCGUUGAGACACAAGUCCGCUCUUGCAUACUUACAGGCUGGGCUUGGUUGCGCAACUGCAUGCAACUCUGCAAUUGCAUGACUCGUUAUAUGGGGCCGAUUUGAAUGAUCUCCCGCAUCAAUCACGCAGCGUAUUUUAUCCCAGUUAAGAAUCUCAAGGUUGCCCUCGCUCGAAGUGAC